GCGAUGACGUCACUCUCGGGCGCCUCCUCCACGUCGAGUGCGCGCUACGGGAGCCGACGAGGGCGGAGAUGUGGGCGCGGGUGUUGCGCCGGUGCCUCCCGGCCCGGGGAGGCGAGCGGCGGGGCUUUACCACGCGGGGGUCGCAGGGAAGCGGCCGCGUCACGGCCGAGGUGAUCGCGCGCCUGGAGCGUCUGGCGCUCGUGGAUUUCGGCGGCCGGGAGGCCGUGGCCCGGCUGGAGAAGGCCAUCGCCUUCGCCGACCGGCUCCGCUCGGUGGACACGGAGCACGUGCAGCCCAUGGAGUCCGUCUUGGAGGACAGAUGUCUAUACUUGAGAUCCGACAAUGUGGUCGAAGGCAACUGUGCAGAAGAACUGCUUCAAAACUCACAACGAGUUGUGGAGGAGUAUUUUGUAGCCCCCCCAGGUAACAUCUCUCUGCCUACACUGGACGGACAAGAGCCCUUCUCCCACGGCUGAGCAGGAGGGAUAUUCUCGGUAGGAGUGCCCUUGGAACACGUGGGAGCGUGCUAGUAUUUUGUUGUGAAUGCUAAUAUUCCCCCUACCUUCGGUAACCUGAAAAUAAACUGAUGAUUAAAUACUGUU